AUGUUCGCUCUGCUAGCUGCCAGCUCGGCUAAGAAUCGUCCUUUGACAAUUCAAAUUAAAAACUUUACCUGCGUGUCGAUGCUGCCAUCGCUCAUGCCUGAAUUCAACUGCAGCAGCAGCAAAGUACGCGGCCAGGCCAGCAUGUAUGUGAGCCUCUUGGUGACUCAGCCAGUGGAGGAGCUCAGUCUCCAGGUUGACUUUGACAUUGUCAAAAAGGAUAAUUCGAGGAUUAGCCUCAUGCAUGCCAAGCUCGAUGGCUGUCAACAGCUCACCUCAGCGUCCAAGAACAAACUACUUGCCGAAGUCUAUGAAAGAAUUUUCGAAAAUAGCAAUUUUCCAAAAGCAUGUCCAUUCCUAGCCAACAAGGUCUACACCAUACGCAACUAUACAAUUACUCUGGACAGAAUUCCCAUGGCUCUGCCUACUCUGACAUUCAACUUCAAGCUAAAGCUAUUUCGAGCCAAACAACUUUUUGGCGAUGUUUUCCUAGAGGCUUCGGCCAAGUAUUGA